AUGGUGUCUCUUGCUGACCUUAGUGGGAAGCUUGGCCAAUUUAUUGGCCAAAGUGACGCUGUUACCAAAGCAAUUAAUGAUGCUAUUACAGCUAUUAUUAACAGUCAUGAUGAAUUCAAAAGCCUUAGAAACUCUCCGUCUUCGCCUGCGCAGUCUUCUGGUUCCGUGCCUGCUGAGCUUAUAAAUGUUGCUGAGCUUCUACAGAAAAUUCAGCAUUUUAAGAAAGAAAUUGCGUCACUUGAAAAACGUAAAAGCGACCAAAAUCCUUCCCUCUCCUCUGAAGAUUCUCGCCUUUUAUCCUCUCAUCAGUCCAAGUUGCAGUCUCUUCAGAGGCUGAAGAGCCUUAAUGAGUCUUUGAGUUCACUUAAUAAACAACAAAGUGAUAACUGUAAAAAUCUUUUAACAAAUCUCACAGAUGGUUUAGAAAAGUUUCUAGGUUUCAAUCCAACCUCCAAAGGCUACUCGGGUGAAGGCAUCGUGUACUCGGACCUUGACAGGCUCUGCGACGGAGUGAUGUCCUUUCUCCUCAAAUGUAUGGAGUGCAGUCAAACGCUUUUAAGCUUUUAUUAUCCUAAUAUUACGCAGACUAUAAAGGAUUUAGAAGGUAAAAUAGGUACGGGCCGUGGUGUUGAUGGAUUUGCGCAGGCCAUUGAGAGAGUGCAGCAGGGGCUGGAGGGGUAUGAGAGUGGGAUGGAGAAAUUGACAAAUGUUGUUGUAGGUGAUCAAGACGACCCAAAAAGUAAGAUAAAGGAGCUUGAAGAGCAGAUUGAUACAAAUAUUUUGCAGGUCAAGGAAUUGGAGUCUCAAGGCUUCGAUGCUGCGCAAUCCAAGUGGUACCAGACGGUGACUAAGGACUUGUACACCAAGGUAAGUAACCUUGCAAACGCAAUUAAUGCCUUAGAUCCCGAACUCAAUAAGAAGCUGAGCGGCGAUUUGGGGAAGAUUUCGACGCAAUUAGAAAAUUUUGAGAAAGGUGCCCGGCGGGAUGAAAGGGAGAUGAGGGAGUUGGGGAGCAAGGUAAGUGAGCAACUUAAGGAGCUUGAAGAACAAGUUAAUGCGUAUGCUGAAGAUCAAGGAGAUGUGUGUAUUGAGGGGCUCAAAAAAGAAUUUGAUGACAACAUUCAGACUCCGAUUGAAAAUGUUAAGGAGGCAUUGCUGGAGGUGCAGAGGAAACUACAGCAGUGGAGUGAGAAGGCUACAAGUGCUGUUAAAACGGCGAUGGAGAAGGUGGAAGAGAUCGUGAAUAAGUUAGACGGUAGGACGGUAGGCUCGCGCAAUAAUGAAGAGAGAAAAGACGUAACUAAGGCAGCCCACGGAUUGCACGGUAAGGCGCGGUGCCUUUUGGAUGCUAUCGACGGUGCCAAGAAGACGUUGUCCGACAGGGUGAACGAGGCUAUACAUAAAGUAACAGAGUUAGACGACGAUCUCCGCACGGAUUUGACGACGUUAAAGGAUAAGAUUAAAACAGCGAUAUGGAAUCAUGUUCAGCAGGUUAUUAUGCCGGAUUUUGAUAACAUUAAGCAGAACGUUGUUGAUGAGAGUGGAAAAGGUGAAAUAUAUACGAGUUGGAAUAGUCUUAAAGAGGCGAUUACGGGGCGUGCUGCGGGCCUGGUGGGUAGUAGUCCGAGCAACUCGAACUUGAGUGAUAUGGUAGCUGGAGUUGCGACAUAUGCGGCGGAGUUCAAAAAGGGGCAGUUCGGGAAAAUUGUAAAUGCUUGGGUGAAGGAGAUAAUAGAGAAAAACGUCAUUGUGAGGGACUGGUUUGGUUAUUAUGUUAAGCAUCCCGAUAACAAGAGCCUUCUCCAACCGGGAUACAAUGCACCGGAUAUGAAAAAUUUUUUUGCAGUGAAAACGAACGAAAUUGCAGGGGUCUUUGAGAGCAAGCUUAAUUUCCAAAUUUCGCAGGCAGCUAUAGAUCCCGGCACUUCAAUUCAACAGAAUAUCGACGCCGUAAAGUCUGGUAUAAAUAGGUUCGUGGAUGCAAUUGUGAAAAAACUGACGUACCCGGGAAUUGAUGCAUUCGUCAGUGUUAUUGCCGGCGACAUUAAGACACAUCUCGUGCCGGAUGUAUUCAGCACCGAUCCAAAACAGAAUACGUACCUUGAGGAAGCCGUAAAACUAAUACUAGUGGCCCUCAUAUCAACCGCCAGGAAUGCUGGUGAGGCAGUUGACUACUUCGCAUCCGAUAAAGCUUCCAAAAUAAAAACAAACCUGGAGAAUGCUAUAGAGAAAGUAAAAGAGAUCACUAAUCAGGUUAACCCCGACCAACCAGGAGGUAGGAUUGAAUCCGCAUUGGCAACUGUCCUCGGUCAAGUCAAGUCGCUCAAGUCCGCCCUGACUCAACCAACUUUUCAGAAUGCCGUCUAUGCCAAAUUAAAUGCGGAGAUAGGAUUUGAUGCAGGUGGUAAAAUCAUUACUCUUACGGAUAAAAACUUUACGAAUUACAACAAGCACCUGUUAAAACAGAGUAAAGGUUUUACCAGCAUCCCAAUCGGCAAACUUCCAUCUGCUAUCAAUGCCAUUAAAGAAGAAGUAAAUCAAUAUUUUAUGGAUAAAAAUGGGAAUGCAUACAUCACAUCACAAAAUCUCAACUCCGCCCUCUCUGCCGUCGACGCCAAGGUGAAAACCUUUUGUGAUGCCGUUAAGAGCCUAAUUAAUCGGAAUGGCGCCCCAAAGGACAACAGCAUGCAGUCACACUUGGAUCAGCUAAACAAUUUAAUCACCAAAAAUGUUGAAGUAACGAUAAGUGGAGGCAGCUUAAACGGCACGGUAGAUGGUCUAAGAAAAAUACAAGACGAACUCGGCUAUAUCAUCGGUACAGAACAGGGCCAAGGUAACAAAGACAACGUAAAUAAAAUAUUAAUGGCUGCUAAACAAUUCAACAGCUCUACAAUCGACAGAGAACUCGGAAAAUGUGUUUCUGGAAUCAACGGCUUCCUCUCCCAAGAAGUAACCGACAAGAUUGACAACAUAAAACGAGACGCCCUGAACAACUAUGUUAACAGUGCCAAGCAGCAGUUGGAGGAGUUGCGAUCGUACGUCACGGAGCGUAAAAAGAGCCUGCAAACGAUUGUGGAGGAAGACAAAACGGGCGGAACGAAGGGCUUGUUAAAAGAAUUGCAAGGGGAGACGGACCCUCCAACUGAUAAAAAUAUUCCUGGUGUCAAAACCUCCCGUAAUUGGCUCGAAGCACUAAGAAGUAUUACGAAUCUGAAACAAUCAGAAAAAUUCACCACUUUGUCGCAGAUAAUUAAACACUAUUUGCAUCCUGUCUUUGACUACAUCAUUAAGCAGGUUAGGAAAACGUUUCCUGAUAGCGCUUCCUCUCCGGGAGCAACGCGAACUCCACACCCGCACAUGGGUGAGUUAGAAAAUGUUGAAAGCGCUCUGACUGCUUUACUUGAACAUUUAAUAGAUGACUCAAAGAAAGUGUACAAUUUUGAACACACGUUCGAUGAUUAUCUGAAAGCAUUAAUACAUUCGCUUGACACCCUUUCACCGAAGAAAUUUGGUGCCGCGUCGUGUUCUGUUCUUGAUGCAAUGAAAGAAGGAUUAAUGAACUUCGGCAAACAACUUAAGUGCGCUUACGUGUCGACAUACUCCGGUGCCACUACCAACUGGAAAAAACAAAACAAUCCCGAUAAGGAAAAGUGCGCCAAAGUUUGUUUGACCACCGUAUGCAUGUUAUACAGUGAGUUGACCGAUUUGAGAUUGACGUGCAACAAAUCGCAGCAGAUGCAGAUUAAUCUGUCAAAUGGUCUCGGCCAAUUCCUCAAGUCAUGCGGUUACGACGUCUCCGCAGAUGCCGCAUCCCAAAAUGGCGAACUGCGGAAUUGUGUUGAGCUCGACGGGUUCACAGUUCGUGCAAAAAUCACGAAGGAAAUAAACGGAGCAAACAGUGGACAUAUACUCAAGUGUAAGCCACUAGAAAAUACCUUUAACAUCAUGACGUUGCUUUCAUGUUUUUGCGAGCACCUUAGUGAGUAUUAUCGUGUUUGUCACCUGCCCGCUCCAUCCUCUAAGAAGCAUCCUACUUCCAUCUAUGACAUGCUCACUUGGUUGUGUGGCCUGACCUACAAUCCGGUGUAUGACGCAAUAAAAUUAGACGGUUUCGCUCAACUAUUUGAUAAGCCUGAGAAACCGGCGUCCGAGGACAGCGACAGUGCUGAGCCUGUCGUCCUAGUGGAAGAUGACGCUUCCUUGCCAGCUUAUCCGGAAACCAUCACAGCCAUUGGCCUAUCGACUACGCUUGCAGGAGUAUGCCAUUACGCAUAUGAAACGCUUAUCGCAAUACUCGGCCACGGUCAUGCCGACGGCGUAUAUGCGUGUGAGUUCAACAUUAACGCGCAGGGCUUUGUAUAUCCAGCUGACUUCAACACUCUAAUCUGUAUGAUAUUUAACAUCCUGAAACUUUUAUACCAACAAUUAUAUUUCUUAUACACGCAGUGUUGUUACAGCACGAAGCUUGGCGGCUGGUGUGAUUGCCACUAUGGCAGGUACGUCGGCGGUUCAUCAUGGAACUGUAAUGAGAAGCUGUGCGCUAACCUAGAGUGCAAGCUAAGCGGCAACCAAAAGGGUAACCUAAGUGCUAACCAAAACACUAAGCAAACAUGUGACCAACAUCCCAAAUGCGGUGUUAAAUCACCGUUACAGUCUUUCUUAGAAGACGGCCUUGUCGGCUUCUUGCCGCAUCCUGUGACAUCAACCAGAGGGAAACUUGAGUGCCCAGUUAAAGGCCACCUCAACAUCCCCUGCAAAGCGCCGAUGGGCUUUGCUGAUAUUAGCCAAACAGCAUCUCAUGUGAAAAAUGGGAAGUAUCUAAGACGUGUACUUUCCGAAUUUUGUGGCAGUGUAGAGUCCCCCCUCACUAAGCUGUGCAGCCAGCUCAACUGCCUCCUGCCUACCGCUCCUAAGUCACUUGGCGACAUGUUCGCGUUCUACUUUAGUUUCCUGAAUGACUGGUGCGGGAAGCGCCAUACUGGGAAGCCGUGA